AUGAAUGAAGUGGUCGUGGGGGGAGAGAUUUUCAACGAUGGCGAUACGCGCUUGGCGUAUGCAUGUACAGAGGCAUGUAUGGAGGCGUCGUGGAUAAAAAAGCGUGCAGAUUCCCGCGGCCGGAGUCGACCGGGACGACUAGGGAGCCCCGGUGAGCGGGGUCGUCGAACGCGCCGCCGGGGCCGGGAGGGGCGGCCGUUUCGGCGGCGCGCUAUCGAUCGCUACGCGUACCUUCCUGCGGCCGCAGCAGAGCAUCCUCCGAGCGCGCGACUGUCCGCCCGGCGAAGUCCUCAACCUGGCCAGUUUUCGCCACUGCAUGGGGACCGGUUAGCGCGGCGGCUGCGGGGGCGGCCCCGGGGCCGGCUGUUCGCGCAUCGCGGGCGCCUCGGACGCGGCCGGAGCGCGCGAGACACCCCUGCGGAGUGCCCGCUCAGCGCGCGCGCCUGCGCCCUGUCCCACCCGCCCCGCCGCCCGCCCUCUCGCAGCGCGAUUAAUAAUUCCGGCUACGCUGCCGGUGCGUAUGUGGGU